UAUUGUCAAAUUCACGUUGUCAAUGAUAAAGUAAAAAAAAAUAUAUACUUGGCGCUGCCGAUAGUGAACUAUCAUUUUCUUCACAGCAAUAAUAUUUUCACAUUAGACUGAAUUUUUAUGAAAAUCUUUUGAAAUAUUGUGUAAAAAAUGUUAACGCGUCUACUACAGCAUCGUGCAUUAACACGCAGCAUUGGUACGCUCGUAGCACAAGAGCAGCAUGCAACACGCACUCUAAUACGUUCAAAUUGGCGUUAUGGAGCACUACAGCGGCGCAUCGACGCCAGCAGCGGUGCCUUAUUACUACGUUCAGCGGCAAUUAGCUCACGCAAUUACUGCACUAACCGCAAAAAAGAUGAGGAAGACGAUUUGGAAGUUGAAUCCACAGAAUACAUCGUGAAUAAGGAUCCACAGUUGCCGGCGACUGUGGCGGUACCAGAAGUGUGGCCACAUUUGCCGCUGCUCGCGACGCGCCGCAAUCCAGUAUUUCCGCGCUUUAUGAAAAUUCUAGAAGUUUCAAAUCCAAUGGUUAUCGAUUUGAUAAGACGUAAGGUUAAAUUAAAUCAACCCUAUGUAGGUGUAUUCAUGAAAAAGGACAAUGAAAAUGAGGCGGAAGUAGUGGGAAAAUUGGAUGAAGUGUACAAUGUAGGCACAUUUGCGCAGAUACAAGAGUUGCAAGAUUUGGGUGAUAAAUUACGCAUGGUGGUUGUAGCGCACAGACGUAUCAAAAUUACGGGACAAAUUUUAGAGGAUCUAAUGCCAAUAACGAAAGAGAAGAAGACGACAAUACAUUUUCCACUCUUUAAUGUAAAAUUGAACAUCCCAGCUGAAGAACAAACUGAAAUGGAGCGACGUAAGUUGGCACGAAAAGCGCGUACGGCACGCAAUUCCAAACGCGAUGGCAAUCAAGGUGCCAAAGUGACACCUGAGAAACCAGAAGAGGUCGCACCACCAGCAGUAAGCGCUGUGCCGCCGGUUACAGGUACAGCACAAGCGCCACCAACACCAGGCAGUGUUCCGCAACCUGUACUCAUGGUUGAAGUAGAAAAUGUGAAACAUGAGCAAUACAAACAAACUGAAGAGGUGAAAGCUCUGACUCAAGAAGUGAUAAAAACCAUACGAGACAUCAUCACCAUGAAUCCAUUGUACAGGGAGAGUUUGCAGCAAAUGUUACACCAAAAUCAACGUGUGGUGGAUAAUCCGGUAUAUCUGUGCGACUUGGGCGCUUCACUAUCUGCCGCAGAACCUGAGGAGCUGCAAAAGAUCAUGGAGGAAUUGGAUAUACCCAAACGUUUGUUGCUCGCCUUGGCUUUGCUCAAGAAAGAGCUUGAAUUGUCGAAGUUGCAACAGAAAAUCGGACGUGAAGUUGAGGAGAAGGUAAAGCAACAACAUCGCAAAUAUAUACUCCAAGAACAGCUGAAAGUGAUUAAGAAAGAAUUGGGCAUAGAAAAAGACGAUAAAGAUGCGAUUGGCGAGAAAUACCGUGAGAAAUUAAAAGACAAAACGGUGCCUGAAAAUGUAAUGACCGUUAUUGAUGAGGAAUUGAACAAGCUGAAUUUCUUGGAGAGCCACAGUUCAGAAUUCAACGUUACACGUAACUACUUGGACUGGUUAACUUCACUACCCUGGGGUGUCACGAGCACAGAGAACUUGAGUUUGGAGCAAGCACAAGAUAUUUUAGAUCAUGAUCACUACGGCAUGGAGGACAUCAAGAAACGUAUUUUGGAAUUUAUUGCUGUGAGCCAUUUGAAGGGCAGCACACAGGGCAAAAUUCUCUGUUUCCAUGGCCCACCAGGUGUGGGCAAAACGAGUAUAGCACGCUCCAUUGCACGCGCUUUGAACCGUGAAUACUUCCGUUUCAGUGUUGGCGGCAUGACUGACGUUGCUGAAAUAAAAGGUCACCGACGCACAUAUGUCGGCGCCAUGCCCGGUAAACUCAUACAAUGUUUGAAGAAGACAAAGACUGAGAAUCCAUUGGUACUGAUCGAUGAAGUCGACAAAAUUGGCAAAGGCUACCAAGGUGAUCCCAGCUCUGCUUUGCUUGAACUACUCGAUCCCGAGCAGAACGCCAAUUUCCUCGAUCAUUACUUGGAUGUACCCGUCGAUCUGUCGCAUGUGCUUUUCAUUUGCACAGCAAACGUUAUAGACACCAUACCCGAACCUUUGCGCGAUCGUAUGGAACUUAUUGAGAUGUCCGGCUAUGUGGCCGAAGAAAAAAUGGCUAUUGCGCGUCAAUAUCUCAUACCACAAGCGAUGCGCGACUGUGGCAUUACCCCCGAUCAUAUAAACAUUGAAGACGAUGCUUUGAAAACACUGAUCCGCAGCUAUUGCCGGGAGUCGGGUGUGCGAAAUUUGCAAAAACACAUCGAAAAGAUUGUACGCAAGGUCGCCUACCGUUUUGUGAAAAAAGAGGGUACACACUUCACCAUAACCUCAGACAAUCUAACAACGUUCCUGGGCAAACAUAUAUUCUCAUCCGAUCGCAUGUACGAAGAUACACCACCCGGCGUCGUUAUGGGGCUGGCAUGGACCGCUAUGGGUGGCUCUUCACUAUAUAUAGAAACUGCUUCACGUAGAGCUGGCAAACUCCUGAAAGACGAUGAUGGUAGUGGUUCCAUACAUCUAACGGGUAAUCUGGGCAAUGUAAUGAAGGAAUCUGCACAAAUUGCCUUAACCGUGGCGCGUAAUUAUUUGCGUGCUAAAAACGAUGAUAAUACGUUCUUAGAGAAGGGUCACAUUCACUUGCACGUGCCGGAAGGCUCCACACCCAAAGAUGGCCCCAGCGCCGGUGUCACCAUAGUUACAGCGCUAAUGUCAUUGGCCACAAAUCGUCCAGUGCGUCAAAAUCUCGCAAUGACCGGUGAGGUGUCACUCAAAGGCAGAGUGCUGCCCGUUGGUGGCAUUAAAGAGAAGACAAUUGCGGCGAAACGCUCGGGCAUCACUUGUAUAAUAUUACCCGAAGAAAAUAAAAAAGAUUUCGCUGAGUUACCUGCCUACAUAACCGAUGGCAUUGAAGCGCACUUCGCCACCACCUACGAAGAUGUCUAUAAAAUUGCUUUUCCCAAUUAGUUGUUGUCUCUAGAGAAUGCCAAGCAUUAAACAAAAACACAUAACCUUAAAUUUUAAUUGGUAA